AGUCAAUCAGACUAUCCUUUUGUCAUUAACGAAAUAUUGUGAAUUUAAUUUUCUAUUGGUUCAUAAACUAUUAAGAGAACAAAAUAAUAAAAAAGUCAUUAUUAUACAAAAGCAAUAGUGUAGGUGUUUGGAGAAACUGUGAUAGUAUAAGAUUUCAAAAUGAGCGAUGGGUUCUGAGCAAUCCUUGCCUCCCAAGAAACAGUCCCAGAGACCACCGGUCAGGCGUGGACACACCAUAGCUACAUCAAAUCUUCCCGAUGGCAGAAGACAGGAUUCUACAAGUGGUAAUAAUUCCCCCGGAGCCAGCAUGUGUUCGGAUUCCGAACUGCCGUACAUAUCAUACACGGUUGAUCGACCUAUCGGUGAUUCACCGAAAACUAAUAAGAGUCAGAGAACUCAAGACAAGAAAUCCUUGUUACAACGGAGGCAACUGAGUUUGCAAGCAAGGAAAAACAAACGGACAAGGGAAAUCGUUGUUGUUAAGCCAGCGACGGACACACAGCUGGACGAGGACAUUAGAAGGUUACAGGAAAUCCCAACGUUCCUGCCAAUAAUGCGAGGAACGUUAGGCCUACCGGGGGCUAAGGAUCCGGAGGUCUUGGAAGGUUUAGACUCCCGUCCCUGGAUAAGGAUGUCGUCAAGAGUCCAAGCCCACCUCGCAGCUUGCGCACAGCCUCUGGCCGCUGAUGAGAUAAAUCUCGCUAGUAAGAUCAAAGAGGCGGAUACGGAAAUAACACGCUUGUAUACAGCGGCUGUUGAGAAACAGAGAAGUAACGCUAGACACGCGGAGAGGCUGUCCCGUGUCAGGGAACUACAUCAUCAGCUCUCGCGUUGUAACUCACUGUUGAACCAGACUCUUCAGGACAUAGAGGAAUUAAACCAAUUGUUACCAGAAGAUAAGAGACUACAGCCGUUCGUGUGGAACGAGAACAAAACGAGCUCGUGAUGGAAAUGACAUACACAGAAAAACAAUUGAUCUCAAUAUGAAUGUAACUUCAUGAACGUUGUGUUAGCAAAAUAUUAUGUCGUCAAUGAAUUAUGAUAAAAACUUAUAUAAAAAAUGUCGCUUUUUUAUUAUAGUAUUAGAAAAAGCAGAUCUAUGAAGUAUUUAGGUAACUAUUUAGGUAGAGAAGCUCGGACGGUGACGUUGUAAAUUUGUUCGCGGUUGAAGUGGCAGCGAGAGGUAUGACGGCUAAAUAUCUACAA